GUUUUAGUCAGAUCAAGAAUCUUCUCUCUAGUACGUGUUGACUCACGGUCAUCGACCGAGAACCGGUUUGCUGGGCAGUCAUCAUCUUCGUCACUGGGUUCAAACGGGUUUGCUCGUUGUGUUCAUCGUCUUCCUAUACUCUCAAGACUUCACUCACGGUCAUCUCAAGAAGUUCUCCAUAGACUGAGAAGUUCUCGAGUCUGAAGAAUUGUAAUGGAGGAAAAACCUAAAAUGCUGGUGAUACUAUACGCAACUGAAACUGGUAACGCAAUGGACGCAGCAGAGCGUAUUAGCCGUGAAGCUGAUCGCAGAGGCUGCCUUGUCACGCUUUGUUCUAUGGACCAGUUUGAUGCUAGUUCUUUACCUCAUGAAGGUACUAUAAUUUUUGUUGUUUCUACUACAGGCCAGGGAGAUACACCAAACUCUAUGAAGGGCUUUUGGAGGUUUCUUCUGCAGAAAAAUCUUACUAAGCAAUGGCUGGAAGGAGUUCAUUAUGCUGUUUUUGGAUUGGGUGAUUCAGGUUACCAGAAAUAUAAUUUUGUGGCUAAGAGGCUUGACAGAAGACUUUCAGAUCUUGGGGCAACAGUUAUUGUUGAAAGAGGUUUAGGAGAUGACCAGCACCCUUCAGGGUAUGAAGGUGCAUUGGAUCCUUGGAUGUCAUCCUUGUGGCAUGCGUUGUAUCUUAUUAAUCCUAAAUUUCUCCCAAAUGGCCCAGAUUAUGUGACCCCAGAAUCAAUGUUGAUUGAUCAACCGAAAGUCGCAAUAAGAUAUCACAGAACUGACAAUAUUGACUUACAAUUAUCUACUGAUGCAGAUUCAGAAAAUAUUCUUAUGCAAAUUGAGAGAGCUCGCUCUAUGUCACCUGGAAAAUCUGCCCAUGACAAGAAUAAGCCUGCCUGCUUUCUUAAAAUGGUCAAGAAUCAAUCAUUGACUAAAGUAGGUUGUGGAAAAGAUGUGCGCCAUUUUGAAUUUGAAUCUGUUUCAACUGCAAUCGAAUAUGAAGUUGGUGAUGUCCUUGACGUUCUCCCUGGUCAAAAUCCUGCUGCAGUGGAUGCUUUUAUUCAGCAUUGUAAUUUGGACCCUGGAUCACUCAUCACUGUGCAUCCUAGAGUGACAGAGUGUUCUCAAAGCAAUACCCCGACUGUCCCUAUCAAGCUUAAAAAUUUUGUGGAAUUGACAAUGGAUAUUGCAUCAGCUUCUCCUAGACGCUAUUUCUUUGAGGUUAUGAGCUUUUAUGCAACAGCUCAACAUGAAAAAGAGAGACUUCAAUAUUUUUCUUCACCUGAUGGAAGAGAUGAUCUAUACCAAUACAAUCAGAAGGAACGUAGAACUGUUCUGGAGGUAUUAGAGGAUUUCCCUUCUGUGCAAAUGCCUUUUGAGUGGCUGGUACAGUUGGUUCCUCCAUUGAAAACAAGGGCUUUUUCCAUUUCUUCUUCCCCUUCAGCUCAUCCCAAUCAAGUGCACUUGACAGUGAAUGUAGUGUCUUGGACAACACCUUUUAAGAGGAAGCGGACUGGUCUCUGCUCCAUGUGGCUUGCCAAACUUGAUCCACAACAAAGUACUGGUAUCUAUAUUCCAGCGUGGUUUCAAAAAGGUUCCCUUCCUCCACCACCUCCAUCACUUCCCCUUAUUCUUGUUGGACCUGGGACAGGAUGUGCUCCUUUUCGUGGAUUUCUAGAGGAAAGGACCAUACAAGACAUGUCUGGUGGAGCUGCUGCUCCCAUUAUGUUCUUCUUUGGUUGCCGAAAUGAGGAGAAUGACUUCCUUUAUAGGGAUUUGUGGUUGUCUCAUGCACGAGAUGGUGGCCUGCUUUCAGAAGAAAGGGGUGGAGGUUUUUAUGUUGCCUUUUCAAGAGACCAACCACAAAAGGUUUAUGUGCAACACAAAAUUCGCAAGCAUAGCCAGAGGAUUUGGGAUUUGGUGUUACGGGGGGCUUCUAUCUAUGUUGCAGGAUCUUCAACCAAAAUGCCUUCAGAUGUAAUGUCAGCCUUUGAGGACAUUAUAUCCAAAGAGGCUGGGGUUUCAAGGGAAACUGCUCUGACACUUCUAAGGAGGCUGGAAAAGGAUGGUAGAUACCAUGUGGAAGCAUGGUCUUGACCGUUGCUUAGUUCUUUAGAUAGCAGAUCAAUUCCAUACGGGGGAAAGCAUAAUGAAGGUAAUGUAACUUUAAAUUGGUUCAAGCAAUUGAUACAACAUUUAAUUUAGUCUGAUUACAGUGGAACAUUUGUACCAAUGGUGGGAGUAUAGUAGGGUAGGAAACUGAAAUAUCUGAACUUUAUAGUGCCUUCAAACCUGCAUGUUUCAACUUCCAGCAACAGACAGACUCAGUCGUGUCCCUUGUGCUUUGAUAGAAAUGCCAUAUGGGCUGCACUGCGAGAUCGAAUUAUUGAUUAUUUUCUUGGAGAACGUCGUGUUCAUGGAAUUGAAAUUGCAGCAAUCUCAAAUGAAUAUUCCAGUCAGCAUAUUAUCAGAAUUGUAACCAAUGACAAAAUUCUUCAGUUAUAUACACUUGGUGAGAUUCAAAAUUUGCAGAAAUUGGAUAUGGAUAUGGAUAUUGUAAUAUUUGGAAUUUUUUUUUAAUAAAUGAUAAUAUUAAUAAUAAUUAAUAAA